UGAGUGCUCCGACGGAAGGAACUAGCGAAAUAAGUCAGACCACCAGACCUGUCUGCUAUGCUCAGCACACUCCUCCACUCUCCUUUCGUCCCCGGUGUUCCCGGGCGCAGAUUCCCCAACGCCCUCAGUCUCGACUCUCGACUCUCUGCCGUCCUUCCCUCCGUCCGACUCUCCUUUCCUCCCUGCUAUUUCCGCUUGUAGAUUCCCGUCUGUGUAGCAUGGCCGCUGCGGCCGGCCGUCUGAUUCCAGACUUGCCCGAUGACGUGGCAUUGUCGUGCUUAGCUCGAGUGCCACGUGGCGUCUAUGGAUCGCUCAAGCUGGUCUGCAGGAGUUGGCGCGCCGCGAUUGAAGGCUCCGAGCUGUACACCCAGAGGAGUCAACUGGGAGCCACGGAGAGCUGGCUUCACCUCAUCCCUCUCCGAAGCGCAAACUGGUUCGCCUUUUCGCCAGUGCUAUCGCGGUGGUUCGCCCUGCCCUGGCAGGGUCCACGCUUCAUCCGGUGUGUGGAGGUGCUGGGUCGCUACCUGCUGGCGUUUGGCACAGACGACGACACAGGGGGCUCGUACCCCUUUUGCCACGUCAACAAGGUGUCCGUGUUCGACUCUGUCACAUCGCAGUGGAGCGACGGCCCUCCCUUUCCACGUCAGCUCAAGCUGAGCGACGCCAUUGGUGCGCACGGAAAGGUGGUGCUGUUCUCGUCUGUGAUUGGCCAGUGCCUGUACAUGGGCGUGUCGUCCCGGCCAGGCGAGGUGGUUGCCAUGCGACUGAGCGAAGAUAGGGAGGGAGGUGAAGGGGGAAAGAGUGGAGAGCAAAGGAGGAGUGGAGGAGAAGGGGGAGAGAAUGCAGGAGAUGGAGGCGACGGAGAGAAAGGGGGAUCCAGGCUGGGAAGGAAAGCAGAGGUUUCUGGUCUGCAGGAGAAGGGUUCAAGUGGUGCAAUGGAGUCACAUGGGGAGGAGGAGGUGUGGUGGGAGGCAAGGGAAGCUUGGGGUGAGGAUGAGGAAGGGGUUGGAGAAGAGCAGGGGGAGGAGAGGAAGGAGAGGAAGGGUGAGGCGAGACGGCAAGAAAGGAAGAAGGCAACCAAGUGGAAAUGGGAGGAGCUUCCUACCCCCUCGUGCCCUGGAUGUUCACCCCACCUCUCCUUUGCUCUCAAUGGCGCUUGGCACAUCUACUCCGGCGCACUCCUCCCCACCCUAGAACCCUCCAUUCUGUCUUUCCAUCCCUCCUCCCUCUCCUGGACCCAACCGUCCUCUCUCAAGCAAAUCUACAAUAGCGGCAAAACGUCGGACAUUGUAACAUCCCUAGGCCUUGGAAUUCCCGGUUGGCGAGCCGAUCUCGCCAAGAAAAUCAUAACUUUGUGGCGGGCAAGUGGGGUUCUUCGGCAUUUAGCUGUGCUCGACGAUGGAUUGGUGGUUUCUACAGGAGGUGGAAGGUUGGCUGGGGGUGGUGAGGGGGAUCUGCGGGCAUGGGUGGAGGAAGAGAAGGCUUGGAGGAAAUUGUCAGACUUGCCUUUUGAUGGAAGGAGUGCACGGCUAAGAGUCCUCAUUAGCAUCUAGUUCCCAUUUCCCCCCCAUUUUUCCCACUUUAAAUUCGUGUUAGUUGUAUGAACAAAUCAUUUCUACUGUGUCACAGUUGUCUCGUGCCGUGAAACGUGUCCACAUCCGAAAUUAGCU